AUGAGAACUUCGCUGAGAUGCCUUGGUCCUGCUCUCCGCCCUUACGCUCGUCCAACAGCCCGAGCAGCCCACCUCCGCUUCUACAGCACCGAACAGGCUCAACUGGUUCCACGAGUACGAACGUCGAGCGGUGGUGACAGGGCUAAAUGGCAGCACGAAGAACAGUAUCCGCGCAUAAAAAAGCAGGACACCGUCCUAGACUACCAUACGUUCAAAGAGCGGUACAAGGAUCUGCGUCCAGGAGAAUUCAAGCCUGACGAUGAAGUGGUCGUGCGUGGAAGAAUAUGGUCGUUUCGGGUUGCAGGCUCAAAGCUGGCAUUCCUUGACUUGUUCCAAAACAAUCGGUCUCUCCAAUUGAACAGCCAUCGAUUACAAUGCGUGCUUGACUUCACCCAUAUAGCCCACUCUAUUAUCAAAGCCGCAGACUUCAAGGAUUUCCUGAACCAGCUUCACCGAGGGGACAUCUAUAGUGUCAAGGGGAUCCCGCAUAGGACUCCAAGAAAUGACUUGUCUGUACUAGCGACAGACAUACCCCAGCUCCUCUCGCCUUGCACACAAUCUCUUCCUGCAUUCUUGUUGGACAAGGAAACAAAGAUCCGUAACCGGCAUGUGGACUUGCUUCUGAACCCGCAAUUAGCAGAUAUCGUUCAGCUUCGAUCAGAGAUUACGAAGUUUCUUCGUCAAUGGCUGUUAGAUGAAGGGCACACCGAAGUACAGACUCCGAUAUUGGCUGACGCAGCCGGAGGUGCUGUUGCGAGACCGUUUCACACGUCUGCGACUGAGUUUCAGGAUCGUCAAAUUGCACUUCGUAUAGCACCUGAGUUGUGGCUGAAAAGACUGAUCGUGGGAGGGUUUGAGAGGGUAUUUGAAAUUGGUCCAUCGUUUCGCAAUGAAGGUAUCGAUCUCAGCCACAACCCCGAAUUCACCACCUGCGAAUUCUACAGGAGCUACGCAGAUAUAGAAGAACUAAUCAACACGACUGAGCGUAUGUUUCUUGGGCUAUCCAGAGUCGUCACUUCUGUCGUUCACUCCGACUGCCGAGCGCUGAUCCCGCCUAAAAUUGAUUUCAGUCCACCAUUGCCACGCCUGGACUUUAUUCCAGCCAUCGAGGCAGCAACCGGCAAGCAACUGCCAGAACUAACAUGGCCGGACGCCCAGGCUCAACUACUCCUGCUGUUCAACGAGUGCGACAUUCCUCUUCCGUCUCUCCCAACCUUACCACGCCUUCUGGACAGACUGUCCGCAAAAUAUCUCGAGCCGCAGUGCUUCGGCCCAACAUGGAUCAUCAACCACCCGGAAUGCCUCUCUCCACUUUCAAAGUCCUUCAUGCACCCAGAUAACCAACAGCGCGUUUCAGCUCGAGCAGAGCUCUUUGUUAGGAACACCGAGCUGGUCAACUGCUAUGAGGAAGAGAAUUCGCCCAUCGAGCAGCGGCGCAAGCUUGAGAACCAAUUGCAAUACCAUGAGGAAGACCCCAAGGCUGGAAUCGACGAGGACUACCUGCAGGCGCUUGAGUGGGGGCUGCCUCCUACCGGAGGCUGGGGUUGCGGUAUCGACAGGCUGUGUAUGCUCUUCUCUGGAACUAACAGGAUUGCUGACGUACUUUCGUUUGGGACGCUCAGGAAUGUUGUUGCGUUGGGCAGGGUUAGCAAAAGGCCGUGA